CUUCAGUUGAUAAUUUUUUGUUUAAGGCAAAAUCUUAAAUAUUUGGCACAUGGGAUUAGUUUAACAACUAAAUUAAGUAAUUUAAUUUUGAUUUUGUGAUUAAUUCAAUCAUCUAGAGUGGUUAUUUGUUCGUUUGUGUUUAUUGUUUAGGGUUUUAUUGUAAUUAAUUAGUGAAUUGAAAUGGUCGUUUCAAAGGUAACUAAAGAUGCUCUUUAUGAAGGAGUAAACCAAGUCCUAUUGGAAAGUAAAAGGAAUAAAAGACAUUUCCUUGAGACUGUCGAAUUACAAAUUGGUCUUAAAAAUUAUGAUCCCCAAAAGGAUAAGCGUUUCUCUGGUACCGUUAAGGUGAAACAUAUUCCUCGACCUCGAUUCCGAGUUUGUAUUCUUGGAGAUCAGCAACAUUGUGACGAAGCUGCUGCCAAUGGAUUGGAUGCUAAGAAUGCCGAUGAUUUGAAAAAGUUGAACAAGAACAAGAAAUUGGUUAAGAAAUUGGCCAAAGGUUAUGAUGCUUUCCUUGCUUCUGAAUCAUUGAUUAAACAAAUUCCUCGUCUCCUUGGUCCUGGUCUAAACAAAGCUGGUAAAUUUCCAGCGCUGUUGACUCACAAUGAAAGUAUGGUGGCUAAAGCUGAUGAAGUUAAGGCAACCAUCAAGUUCCAAAUGAAGAAGGUUUUAUGUUUGGCUGUAGCCAUUGGCCAUGUUCAAAUGACACCCGAUGAAUUGGCUCAAAACAUCAACUUAGGCGUCAACUUUUUGGUCUCUCUUCUCAAAAAGAAUUGGCAAAAUAUUAAAUCCCUACACAUCAAAUCAUCCAUGGGACCUCCAAUCAGACUCUAUUAAUUUAAGAAACGAAGAAUUUUGUUAUUAAGGUUUUCUAUUGCAAAUAUCUGUCAUUGUCUAGAGAAAAAAAAAGAGAUUGAAAGGUAACUGAAAGAAUAUUUGAUUGUCCAGUUACCUUUUUCUUCAAAUUAACCCAACUUAACAAAAUUCUAUUUUGUUUUGUGUCCCCUUUCGACAGUCAUUUGUAAUAAAAGCCUUAGAUGAAAAAAACCCAAUCAAA